AUCUCACAGCAUUCAAACCCAUCGUAUUUAAUCAUCAACUCGUUCUCUUGAGUCUUCAUCCCUCUUUCACUAAUAAUAAUUAUCAAACAUCCAUAGAACUAACUAAUAACUAAUAACUAAUAUAUAAACAUGACCCACACUCAAACCAAUGGAGAUGGUACUCAUGAAAGGGUAAUCUUAAUCACUGGAACUACUGGUGGUCUAGGUGCUCAACUCUUAGAAUAUAUUUUAAAAACUCAUUCACCUACUCCACGGAUCUUUGCUUUAAAUCGAAUCGGAUCCGAUCAAACCGUCACCGCAUUAGAACGACAAGAAAGUGCCUUCAGUUCUAGAGGUUUAGAUUUAAAUUUACUCAAGCAUUCGAAACUUACUCUCUUAUCUGCAAACACACUCGAUCAACUUCCUUCAGAAAUCAAACAAGAACUCUCAACUACUCUUACUCAUAUUAUUCAUUUGGCUUAUCCAGUGAACUUUAAUCUCACCUUAGCUUCAUUUGAACCAUCAAUUCAAUUUACUCAAUCCUUACUUGAACUUGCCAAUCAAGUUUCAAUCCAUAGACCCAAUCAAAAACCUAAUUUUAUCUUUGCAAGUUCGGUAGCUACUUUAGCUAGUUUUGUGGGUGAGAAUGGUGAAUGGGUUAAAGAAGAUAAAGUGGAUAUGAAGAGUUGUUUAGGUACGGGUUAUGGUGAAAGUAAAAGAGUUUGUGAAGAGAUCAUCGAAGCUUAUGUAAAGGCUUACGGUUUCACCGCUGUGAUUCUUAGAAUCGGUCAAAUGUGUGGUAGUCGUCGAGGUGGUUCAUGGAACAUGACUGAAUGGUUUCCACUCAUCGUUCAAUCCGCUAUCACUCUACAUUGCUUACCAGAUGGUGCUGACGAUAUUGCUUGGAUCCCAGUUGAUGAGGCCGCAGUGGUCAUUAGUGAACUUUCUUUCCAUCCUCGUCAACCAACACCAGAAGAACAAUAUGUUUAUCGACAUGUGAUUCAUCCACGUGCAGCUAAAUGGCAUGAUUUAAUUCUACCUAUCUCACAAUGGAUCUCAGAGAAUUGUAAACCGAUUGAACCGAUCGAAUUAGUUCCAUAUGAACAAUGGGUUCAAAAACUUAAUAAACAAAUUGAAGAUGGAACUCCAGAGAAUUUAGGUGCCGCUAAAUUAUUAGACUUUUAUUCAAAUCAAUCUCCUCAAUUCGGUUUACAUACAUCUGUUGUAGAAGGAUAUGAAGCUAUGGGUGUGACUCGUUUGAUCACCAAAGAUAGUGAAGUUGAAAGUCAAAGAUUGAAAGAUUUGACACCUUUAAAUCAAGAUGAUGCGAUUGGUUGGCUUACUUUUUGGAAAAAGAUGGGACACUUUAAUCAUUGAUGUGGUUCAUUACUUCCUUCUAUAUGCAGCAAACCUCUCUCUAAAGCAGCAAAUCAACUUGUAUAUCUCUUCUUCAUUUUGUGAACAAUAGAAUCUCACUCGGCUGUUCUGAACCGAAAGAUACAUCUAUAUUCAACCAAAUCUUUUUAUUCUUCUUACUUGAUUGGCUCUUAACAGAGCUGUUUGAUCGUGUACGUUUGUUUUAUGUAUAUCGAAUAUGCAAUUCAGUGUUGUUUACUUUUUUGUACGCCAUAUCGAAAAUGAAGCCCAGUUGAGAUGU